AUAUUUAAAACAGGGAACUUCCCCUUUCAAGCUGUGACUAUGAUUUCACCAUGCUAAGCCUGAGAGAUUUAUCAAACUUUUUUUUCUUUUUCUGCCUUUACCAUUUAGUUAAUUUCCAGCAGACUGUUUCAGUUUAUGUUGGUUUUGCUUUCAUUAAGAGAAGACACCACAAGAUCAUCUGAGUUUAGAAGCCAUCUAAUGCCUUAAUGGCUUGCCAUAUAUAUUGGUUGAUUUUGAUGGGGCUUUUCUGUGUUAGCUGCGAAGUAUCUGAGCCUAUAGAUACGAUGUGCACUGAGGUUAUAGCCAACAAAAGCUAUAGCUGUGAAGAUUUAGGACUGAGAGAGAUUCCUGAAAGACUCCCAGCCACAACAGAAAUCCUUGACUUCAGCUUUAACUUGCUUUCUUCCCUUCACAAUUCAACCUUCAGCAAGCUAAAGAAUCUGGUAUAUUUAGACUUAACAAGGUGUCAAAUUAACUGGGUGUAUGAAGGUGCCUUUCAAAGCAACACUCAUCUGAACAUUAUUGUCUUGACUGGAAACCUACUCAUGUUUCUGGCUGACACAGCAUUUGUUGGCCCACAGUCUCUGAAGCAUCUUGUCUUAACUGAGACAGGUCUAACCAGUUUAGCAUUUAUUCCAAUGCAGAAUCUGGAAAAUUUAGAGACUUUUGACUUGGGUAGCAAUCACAUCUCCUCACUGCAGCUCCCUCCAAGCUUUCCAACCAGAAACCUCAAAUACCUUGAUUUUCAAAUGAACAACAUACAAAGAAUAGCAGCAAAAGACAUAGAUAUUCUGCUGCAGACAAAGAAUUUAACUCUGAUCUUGAAGGGAAAUGAUAUUAUGCACAUUGAAGCUGGGGCAUUCCAGUCCAACUUAUUUUACAGCUUGGACUUUGGAGGUUGCAUUGACAUUUCUGUGGUUUUAGCAGGGAUGCAGGAUACCAAAACCCAUACUCUUUGGUUGGGGUCAUUUGAGGAUGUAGAAAAUGGGCUUCCCAUAAACCCUACUAUGCUACAGAACCUGUGCAAUAUCUCUGUGAUGGAUAUCAAUCUGCAAAAGCGGCAUUUCCUUCACCUGUCUGCUGCUACAUUUCAGUGUUUGAGCAAACUCCAAAGGCUGGAUCUGACUCACACCUAUAUCAGCAUGUUACCUCCUGACAUCAGUGGCAUGAACAUGUUGGAAGAAUUAAUUCUCAAUAGGAACGCCUUUAAGCACAUUUGCAACAUUAGCUCCACCGCCUUCUCCUCUCUCACCCACCUCCAUAUCAGAGAAAAUGCUGAGAAUCUGGACUUAGGCUCUGGCUGUUUAGAAACACUGUCAAAGCUUCAACACCUGGAUUUAAGCCAGAGUUACAUAGAAAAUGGAGACUGCUGCAGCAAGCAGCUAAAAGGCCUGAUCGGAUUACAACACCUGAAUCUGAGCUACAACAAGCAGCUUCAGUUCCAAGAUUUGGCCUUUAAGGAAGGUGUGAACCUGGAGCUCCUGGAUUUAGCUUUUACACGUCUUCACAUCAAUGCUUCCCAGGGUCCUUUCCGCAAUCUGCAUCUCUUGCGUGUCCUGAACCUUUCUUACUCCUAUAUUGAUACCAACAUUCAGCACCUUUUACAGGGGCUGCAAAACCUUUUCCUGUUGAACCUUAGGGGGAAUAAGUUUCCAUCAGGGACCAUUCUGAAUGACAAUCUCUUUCACCAGGUAUCCAGUUUAGAGGUGUUAAUUUUAUCAUUCUGUGAUCUGACAGCUAUACAAAACCAAGCAUUUCACACCCUCAAGAAGCUAAAGCAGGUUGACCUGAGCCACAACAAGCUUAUUGCAUUCAGCACAGAUGCAUUUUCCAAUCUCAAGAGCAUCUAUCUCAAUUUUGCCAAUAAUAGGAUCCAUAUUAUACCACGUGACAUGUUAACUAACUUAUCUGGCCAGAGUAUAAUCAAUUUAAGUUACAAUCCACUGGAAUGCACCUGCUCUAAUAUUGGUUUAAUAACUUGGUACAAGCAGAAUAUGGAUAAAAUUGAAGACCCUGAAGGGACAGUGUGUUGUGAGCCCAAAUCUCUAGCAGGUGCUAAGCUGUCCACUGUAACAUUGUCCUGCGGGAUCAGUGUUGCAGGAAUUGUUUGCGCUGUGCUGGUUUUGAUAUUGCUUGUUGCUGUUAUCUUGGUUUGGAUCACACGCUUUUUAAAGAGACAUUACGAACAACUCUAAGUGAAGGAUGGCUCCACCAGUGUCAUUUUUAAAGAAAGGAAGAAAGGACAGUGACUAGACAAAUUUUGAAGAAAAGGUCAUUUUCCCUACUUGUUGCUUUGUUCCUGGGCAAUAUUCCUUUUAAUAUUAGUAUUACACGCCCCAUUCUCAUUUUUAGCAACUGAUUAAAGAAAAAUUACUAUGAAAAAAUAAACCAGGGCCAGAUCCUGUGAAGAGCUUUAGCCACACAAGUAACAUAGUAGGGUCCUGAUCUAUGACAAGGGCUCCUAGGCUCUCGGGUAAUACAAAUAAUAAUAAUUAGUCCCAUUGAAGUCUGCCACUAGCCCUCAACUAUAAGCUUGUCCUGGGGCCUCAGGCAGCUAAGUGGGCUAAGGGAAUGUCACCGAGGAGGAAAGGGGUGAGAAAUGAAGUGGGAAUACCGGUUCCCCCAAAUGAAUAGGCUGCUCUGAAGUCAGAAUUUAGACACCAGUGCUGUCUGAAUGGCUUAGGCAAUAGCACGGCUGGUCCUGCACACGUGGUUGCUCUAAAAGAAAAUUAGACUGGCCUCUUUCCUGAUCAUUGUUCACUGAAUCACUGGGUGUAGGUGAAAUGCAGGGCCUUAUUUUUUGCCCUCAAAAGUGUGUGUGUGUGUGGUGUGGGGACGGGGAUGCAAGGGUUUGUGAGGAACCAGGGGCAGCUUGUGGGGGAAUCAGGGCAAUCUGAGGAACUUUGCAGUCACUGGCCAGAAGGGAACCUCUUAUCAGGGAAUAUCUAGACGCAGUAGUUCAUGUCUUCUCUACUAGCCUGUCACCCACAUCUCUUCCAUAUUAACCCCUUCUCCUCCCUUAGCUCCUGUCCACUUCCUUUCCCACCAGUAGCCCCUCACCUUUUCCUCAAUAACUCCUGUCACCCCUUUCUGCCUCUUGCCCCACCAUUUCCCCCAGUAGUUCUUAGUAUCCCCAUCGGAGCUCAACUGCCCUGCUGGGGCACUGACCCUGCUGCAGGCAGCUCCUCCUCUCUGCUGGGCCUGGAAAAGCAGGAGGAAUCGAGCAGGCAGAGAGGCUGCAGGAACAUGAGAGGGGGGCCAGUGUGGGGGUGUGUGUGUCACAGGAGCCGUAUGCAUUUUGCAGCAUUGAACAUGCUGUGAUGAUUUAAUGAGAAAAUAUUGUUUAUUUUCUCCAUAUACUAAUUGUGGGGCAUUUGUAACAGCGGUCGUGACAAUGACAAUACCCCUUCACAGCUGGGCUUGUACGGGGGAAAUACCUGAGCCAACAAUGCAGCUGUGAUUUGCGAAAUGCAGUAAUGAUGACUGCCAGGGCCAAGCAUUUCCCAGAAGUUGAUGGCCAGCUGUUUUCAAUUCCUCCAACUGCCAGGAAGUGCCCAAAGCUGGAGGUCCUCACUGUUCAAAUGAGUUACUCUCCUCAGAGCAGAGAAGUCCUGUGGAUCCUUGUCUGGUAAUGUCCUUUACUGAGGGGCUAGAGAGGACUCAAUCACUCACAGGUUAAUUUCUCAGCCCAGCUUCCUACUUCCCGGCUCCUGCUUCCACUCCCCAGGCAAGUAGCACCCUUCCCUCUCCCUCUUAGGGCGGACCGGGGAGAGCUAAGCAUGUUCUCUUGUGGCUCACAACCCGCACAACUUCCCUGCUUCUGGCAUGUUGCAGGUUCUCCCAAUUCAACCUGCCUCCCAUCUACUGGUUCAUGGACUGAGGGAGGGGCCAGGAACAUGCAGCAAAAAGAGAUGGGUCAUGUCAAAAGGUCAGGACAAGUGAAGAGGGAGGGAGAUUCCUGUGUGGGGACCAUCUCCACCGAAACCUCACUUUGCCAUUCAAGCAGCCAGAAAUUCUCCUUUCUCCCCAGGACCACUCCUCAGCUGAAUGAUCACAGAUAUCAGUCGCACUUACAUAGCACCUUUUGUCAGAGGAACUCAGAGCACUUUGCGAAGUUGGGUUAGUCUCACUUCCCCUUGACAGAUGCAUGAACAGAGGCAGAGAGGUUAAGUAACUGGCCUCAGGUCACAUAAUGUGUCAGUGGCAGAGGUGGGGAAAGUAUCCAGAUACCAUCAAUCCCAGUUUUUCUUCUCAGUUUUGAUUUCAAUGCUCUGCAGUGCGCUAUUGUAGUGGCAUGGACAGUGGGAUGGGAUAGUUGCUCAAGUACCCAGGGUCCAGAGCAGGAUUGUAUUCAGAGCCGCUAGCCUCUCCUGCUUCCUGCACCAUUGAGGCUACUCUGCUAUUUUUAGUGCACUAGCUUGAUCAAAGCUGAUGCACAUAUGUCUACCAAGCUGGAAUUUACACUUCCAACUCAAGUGUAGACAUGGCCACAGAAAGAAUGACAAACUAGCACACAAGAAAGGAAGACCUUAGGGAAUAAAAGAUGAUAUUCAGUCCAGGAUCAUGAAUGUGUGUUUGCAACUCUUGAUAUAUUAAAAUACCCUUCAAAUAUUGCAGGCAUUUUACCUAUUUUUCCAAUGUAUUAGUAAAUUUGCCACUUUUUUUUUUUUUUUUACAAAUUCUAUUGGAUACCUAACUUCAAAAUGUGUUUUCUACAUUGCAAAAAGAUGCAUGCUAGGUUAAUAAGUAAAAGGAUUUUUUGGGGACAGGGGAGGGACAUGCAUGGAUCCAAUCUGUGGUAUGUAACCUAUCAUUUAAAUCAGCUUCUGUACAGAUGACUGGAGGAUAGCUAAUGUGAUGCCAAUUUUUUAAAAAGGUUCCAGAAGUGAUCCCAGCAAAUACAGAUGAGUAAGCCUAACUUCAGUACCAGGCAAAUUGGCUGAAACUAUAGUAAAGAACAGAAUUAUCAGACACAUAGAUGAACAUGAUUUGUUGGGGAAGAGUAAAUAUGGCUUUUGUAAAGAGAAAUCAUACCUCACCAAUCUAUUAGAAUUUUUUUAAGGGGUCAACAAACAUAUGGACAAGGGUGAUACAGCGUACCUGGACUUUCAGAAAGCCUUUGACAAGGUCCCUUACCAAAGGCUCUUAAGCAAAGUAAGCAGUCAUAGGAUAAGAGGGAAGUUUCUCUCAUGGAUUUGUAACUGGUUAAAAGACAGGAAACAAAGGGUAGGAAUAAAUGGCCAGUUUUCAGAAUGGAGAGAGGUAAAUAGUGGUGUAGCCUGGGGUCUGUACUGGACCCAGUCCUAUUCAACAUAUUCAUAAAUGAUCUGGAAAAAGGGGUAAAACAGUGAGAUGGCAACAUUUGCAGACAAUACAAAAUUACUCAAGAUAGUUAAGCCCAAAACUGACUACGAAGAGUUAUAAAGGGAGCUCACAAAACUGGGUGAAUGGGCAACAAAAUGGCAGAUGAAAUUCAAUGUUGAUAAAUGCAAAGUAAUGCACAUUAGAAAACAGAAUCCCAACUAUACAUAUAAAACGACGGGGUCUAAAUUAGCUGUUACCACUCAAGAAAGAUCUUGGAGUCAUUGUGGAUAGUUCUCUGAAAACAUCCACUCAAUGUGAAGCAGCAGUCAAAAAAGCUAAUAGUAUGUUAGGAAUCAUUAGGAAAGGGAUAAAAAGACAGAAAAUAUCAUAAUGCCUCCAUAUAAAUCCAGGGGAUGGAUCACUUGAUGAUUGCCUGUUCUGUUCAUUCUCUCUGAAGCACCUGGUAUUGGCCACUGUGGGUAGACAGGAUACUGGGCUAGAUGGACCAUUGGUCUGACCCAGUAUGGCCAUUGUUAUGUUCAAACACCCUCUGCUCCUGACAGACUUGAACAUGAAAGUCUGCGAGGACUCUGGGUCUCCCCUAUUUUCUGAACAAAUCUUUGGUCCUUGGUUCUCAUCUCUUUGAUCCAUUUUGCCAUUUGGACUCCUCUGUUGUCUCAAGUAUAUGCCUUGUAAUUGGUCUAUAUAUUUGGCCUACCUGGUCAGCACCACCCCUUGUUAACAGGGAGUAUGAACUACUCUGGCUUCAAAACAAGGACUGAAAGCCCAAUCACAUGCUCCACAGAAACAGAACUAAACAGAACGUUAAAAUGCCAGACCUGCCCCAGGGCCUGAAAGCAGAAUCCUCACAGGGUUGCAGCUACAGAUAUUAUCAUUUAAAAAGGCAGAGAAUAUUUUAUCACAUGUAAUUAUAUUUCUCUUGAUUUAAAAGGGAAGAUGGCUGUAUUCUUAUUCACACGAUUAUUGCCUUUUGGUGGGGUUGGCUUUUAUGGAGCAUUGAUCUCUGAAAAAAUAUAGAGAGAGUUUAAUUAGUAAAUGAAUAUAUAAAUACAUCAUAAUAUUGAGAAGUCAGACUAAGCCUUGGAAGGAUUUAUAAUUAACUUAAAUUGUAAAUGGGGAGUGGCUGGACUAACGUUCCACUAAAGCCAUAUCACCACUUCAGUUUUCUCCGACCUUAGUAUCUGAACGUUCAUAGAAUCAUAGAAUAAUAGAGUUGGAAGGGACCUCCGGAGGCCAUCUAGUCCAACCCCCUGCCCAGAGCAGCACCAAUCCCAACUAAAUCAUCCCAGCCAGGGCUUUGUCAAGCCUGACCUUAAAAACUUCUAAGGACCUUAAAAACUUCUUAGUCCAGAUGCUGGAUGGGCAGAGAUCAGUGUUGUUGGCAGCCUUUGCGUCAGCUGUGCUGGUAAAUGCCAACAGUUUCCCUUUGUGGAAGUGCAGAAAAGGAAACUAAAGGAUGUAAGCAAAAUGAGAUGAGAUGCCUAGUAGGUUCACGUGCAUUCGGAUACCCUGAAUGCGCAUGGAGCUGAUGGCUAUUUCGUAGUGGGACUGGGGUCUGUACUUCUAGUGCAUGGCCUUUUCUAGUGAGCUCUGCAAAGUUCAGAAAAGACUUAGCAUUACUUAAUAGUGUUGAAUUAGGGAGUUUCUGCUUUACUUUAUCACAGGUUACUAAAUCCAAACAGCAAUAGUUAGGAGUUAAUAUUUAUACUUGGCCCAAAGCCUGACAAGUACUCGGUGUGUCUAUUAGUCUGCCCUUUGUGGCUAGAAUGCAAGUUUUUGCACCAGUGCUUCCAUAACAACUCAACCCUGUUGUAAAGAGCCAAUCCCCUCCAAAGCUGUGCACUGUUCUCUUUCCACAGAAAUGUAUAUACACUGUAUGGAACAAAGGCUCUCAGUUGUGAUGAAUGGAAUGUGGCAUUUACUCGAUGCAUGGGAGCCGAGUUCUUCUUUGAACACUCUACACAGUGCAACUUCAGCUAUUAUCCCAGAGGCUUUUCCUUGAAUGUUCUCCCUAUAAAGUCUAAGAUAGUUAAUGUAUUGAAGAUCACCACUGGGUUGGAAAGUUUCCACUCAAUUCGCGAGACUUACAAGAUAGAAGAGAAAACAUUGAUAAUAUUUCUCUCCCUUUUGUAGCAGGUACCAAGUGUGGCUCGUGUAAGUCUACAAAAUGGAGAUUCUUGUAGCUCUUUAAAAUGUCUGCACUUCCCAUACACAGAUUGACCUACAACUUCCCUCACAUAUUAUACAGCCCCCAAGCUAUUUAACUUAGAUAAACAAUUAUCUGCCGGCAUCCUUAUUUUAAACAGGAAAGCCACGCUGAAAAUUGCACAGUAGGCAAGUUUUGAUGUCUGCUGUCGAUUCCACAGCUGUGUGUAUCACUGCCAUGUCUUGGUUAUGAUAACAUAGCAUGUCCACACACUAAUGUCAAUUGGUUUUAUACAUUACAAGUUGUUGCUGUCAGAGGCAAGCUAUCCAAUGUAAAAAUGUGGUAUUGUGACCCAGUGAGCUGACCCUGUCAUGCAUAUGGUAUUUGUAUAGACAGAAACAGCAGAACAGGCAGCCUCCAUCAAAAUGAUGCUUGCACCCAGAGUGAUCUAAGACAGGAAGAACUUCUUGGGGCAAACCAUGUCUAUGCAAAGCCCCCUUUAAGCAAAGAAACUCAUCAACACUGGAUUGGGUAUUUGCCUGGUCUGCAAAUAAUUCUUUGCAGUGUGGUUGGAGCCAGGACCUGAGGAAGAGCUCUGUGUAAGAUCGGAAGCUUGUCUCUUUACCAACAGAAGUUGGUCCAAUAAAAGAUAUUACCUCACCCCCGCCCCUUAUUUGAAAAAUAAUUGCUCAAUUGACUGGACAAACAUUGGUCAAUAAUGUCAAAAAUGGUCAAAUAUUGUACAGCACUGGUUUAUUAGAACAGUAAGAGUAAGACUUUAUGGUUGCCAGUAGGCUUAGCCUGAAAUAGAUACUUGUGGCUAAUUACAAAAAACAUUUAACUGAGUAAUUUAAACUCACAAUAAUGGAAACACAAUUAAAUGAAGUGCUAGAAAAAUGAAAGAAGCAUGAUGCAACCAAAAAGGGAGGCCGCCAGCUACAGCAGGGCAUUCUUGCUGGAAUAUUGAACAAUAUUUGACCGUGGCCAAAUAAUAGGUGGUCAAUUUACAUGAUUUGACUGACUUGUCAAGCCUCCAUCAGCAUAUCUUUGAGAACAGUGCAAAGCGAGCUACAUAAACCCCAGAAACUGCUGAACUUUCACUAGCUGAUUCAAGGCACAUCUUCCAAAACAGAAUUGGUUCAAUACAGUAAGCUCUGCAGUUAUUUAUUUGUAUUACCAUAGUGCCUAGGAGCCCCAGUCAUGGACCACUGUGUUAGGGGCUGUAUAAACACAGAACACAAUGAUGGUCCCUGCCCCAAAGACCUUACAAUCGAAGUCUAAGACAAGAGUUAACGGUUACGAAUAGGGGAGUACAAGGAAGACGACGACAAUACUGGCCAGCACGACAGGCAGCGGUCUUAGCAUAUCAGCCGCCUAACCGUUGUCACAUUUUUUGAAGUCAUCACAGCAAAGGAGAAUUUUAAGGAGGGAUUUGAAGGAGGACAAUGAGAAAACAUUGUGGAUGUUUAUGGGGGCACAGCAGGAGAAAACAUGAAGGUGCCUGCUUAAAAAUGUAAGUGGAAAGAAACAUGCAUCUCGAAUAAUUUAUUCUCUACAACAGCUUGCUACAAAAGCGAUCCACAAACAGUGGAGUCAAAAGUGAACAGAGCAGCAUUACAGCUUGUGAAAGCAUUGUGCCAAGGUUUCAGAAACAUUUCUGCUGACAUACCUCAGUUGUCGAACUGCAGCUCGGCAAGUAUCAACUACUCACCCUGCCUGGGACCCAAAACUGUAGCAUCAGCACUCUUAUUCCAGCAUGCAUCACCGUGCCUUCUGCAACACCGCCUCACCUUGAAAGAGGAACUUUAGACUCAAACCUUGCUCAGCUCCCAGAGACAAAAUCUCCAACGUGAACCCCUUUGUAGCUACAGAAACCCGACCCAGUGUCCUAGGGCCAUGAGCAGAGCUAAAUUUCAACCACUUACAAGUCAACUAAGAAACAAAAAGUCAACAAAGAAGGUAAAAAAAUGAAAAUGAGCAAAAAUAAUUUAACAAGAAUUAAGUGUACCAGGAUGCUUGGAGGGCCAGGUGACCUAGUGGAUGGUGUACUUGACUUCCAGUCCCUUGUUUCCCUGGGCCAAGGUGCCUCAGUCUUUCAGGCAGUGGCGGGGUAGAGGGACCUAGGAUCUCCCACUCCACCGGGUCCCAGCCCAGGGCCUUGUGAGAGUCAACACAAGGGGGGCUGAACAGGGGGCACUGCAAGCAGGGGGAGAGAACGUGCUCCCUGGGGGCUGCCUUGGCUUCUUCCUUUCAGGCAGCUAGCUCCUGCCUCUUCACCAGUCAACCCUGAACUGGCCCAGGCUCUCUCUUCUCCCCACUCCAGGCCUGGGGUUGGCUGCAGGUAUAACGAGGUGGGGCUAGCUAGGCCCACAGGCGCUCCUUAACCCCUGCUGAGCUGGCAAGCAAUUUCUCCACUUCAUCACAUGAACAUAUUUGCUCUCUUUGGGAGAUCUGUGCUUCUCCAAGUACAAUACAAUACACGUCUCCGCCACGUUACCAUCUCACUUCUUUUUAUUUUUAUCCCACCUUGGUCUGCUGUCAUUUUUGUUUUCUCUUUUAUUUAAUUUAGAAUGUGAACUCUCUCUGAGCAGGGCCUUUGCCUUUUUAUUUGCUUGUCAAGCACCAUUCACACCUAGAAGUUACACAAAUAAUAAAGGUGAACGGCAUAUGUUGCUCAUUACUAGGUAUACAAAUCCUAAAUAUACAGAUUGGACUGCCCCUUCUGAAGGAAUAUAUUUAUAUAUAAAUACAAUGCAGCACAAAGCACUGAUUAUAUACAGGGAAAUUCAAAGUCUAAAGGUUUAGUUUUUUGGGGAUUACUUAGUGAGGAUAUAAAUCAACAGAAAGUGACAUUGGAUUUAUCUUUCUUUAUAGGAUUUAUUUUACCCAGUAGAGCUCUGAUCUGAUGCAGCACUUGGUUUUCAGUCAGGUUUUGCUUUUAUCUCUUAUUUUUUAAACACAGCUGGAGAGCUGACACACAGAGAUGAAGUGAAUUGCCUGAGGUGAAUGAUGUCUGAUGGAUUUGAACUCAAGACCAUCCUGGCUCCCAGCUCGCCGAUGUAAACAAAAUUACAAUACAAGUAGAAACCUUACAGUGACUUGCAAUGUAGUUUUUGAAGUCAUUAUUUAGAUGGGAAAUGAACCUAAACUGCUUGUAACUAACAAGUUUCGUUUCUGAGAUUAGGGAGUAAAUUGUUAGAUUUAAAGUAGCAGUUCCCUUUACUCCACAUUGAAAAACCAGCAAUGCUCAGAGCAAAGUUCUUCUUUCCCCAUCUUUGGCUAGGAAAAGGCUGAUGCUCUAACCAAACUGCAGACCUCCAUGGCAAGAUGCAGGCCAAUUUCUUGAGUGAAUAACUUAAAAAUAAAGUGUGUGUGUGUUCUUCCCUUUCUUUCCAUCACCAAGCUUGUCCAUGCCUGGGACUGAACCCACCGUGACCAGUCACACUUCUGAUUCUGGGCCAGCCACUCAGACCAUGAUACUCUCCCAUCUGAAUCCCUCCACUAGUUUCCUCUUGUCUUCUGAUUCAAGUACAAGCUUCAUGCCUAACCUUCAAGAUGCUAUAUUACACACCAUUGCUACCUGCACUCCUGCCCUUGUUUCUUCCUAUUCUUCCCUAGCCCUGCCAGAGCCUUGCCUCCCACCUUGCGGUACCUGUAGCCUUCUCUAGGCAUUGUUGUGCUGUCAUCUAGGCUCCCUCUUUUAACCUGACCUCUAUAUUCUGGUGUUACCUAUCAGCCUCCCGUCAUUCAAAUCCCUCAAACACACUUCUGCUGAGCUUAUCAAUGCAAACGUACCCACAGCCUGGCAGAAAUGCUGUUACGCACCUGUUGAAACAUGCAGCGUGCCCUCCUUCUGGUUAUCUAGGGCAGAUUAUCUGCUCAUUUAAUCACUGCCAAAUUCUCUGCAGCUCCCAGUGUGACAUCUGUACAAAUUAUUUUACUAAUUUAUUAUCUAUCAUUUGUAUAUGGGGCUAAGUACCAUAGGCGCUGACUCCAUGGGUGCUCCAGGUCUGGAAAAAAAUUAGUGGGUGCUUAGCACCCACCGGCAGCCAAAUCCUCCGCCUUCCCCCAGUGGCUCCGAUCCACUGGUGGCCCCACCGAUCAACUCCUACCCCUCCCUCCCAGUGCCUCCCACCCACCACUAUGAGCUGUCCCGCGGUGUGCAGGAGGUGUUGGGGGGGAAGGAGAAGUGGGAGAAGCGGGGGGGUGGUGCACUUGGGGGAGAGGGCAGAACUGGGUGGGAAGAGGCGGGGCAGAGUGGGGGCUUGAGAACCCCAGGGCCUUGAGGAAGCCAGCCCCUAUGCUAAGUACCUGUUUUGAAAACACUGUGUGCAUUUGGUGCUGGUGAAAAGCAUUGCAUAGAGGCUAAUUUCCCUUUCACACUUUUCCAGAGCUCCCCUGAGCAGUUGGGCGCAGGUGUGGGGAGUGUGGCACUGCACCCCAAUAUUCUUCACAGUGAUAUUAUUAUGAUAUGAGUAUGAUGUAUUUUAUGCAAGAUAAGUCAUGUGAGAUGUCAUUGGAAAGAUUAUGGUUUGUGGAAUAUAAUUAUCCUAUUUGUAUCCAAAGUUAUGAAGAUUGACUAUUUUUCAGUAUUUCAAAAUGUUGUUACACCUGGGCAACUCCCACUAGGCAAAAUGCUCUCAGUCUAGAUGGCUGACUGGGAAAGGCCAAUUCAGGUUAAUGAGCCAUUAAAAAGAAACAACAGGCCUUAGGAGAAGCUUAUCUCCCACCUGGGGAGCCUUCCUGAGGCUACAGACAGCCUCCGAGUUAUGGCUACUGUGACACUACAGGGACGAGUGACCAGUUCCCCUGGUGCUGAACUCCAUCUUGGGAUGUCAGUAUUUUUCCACUGACUGGCGUGGGAACCAAGAUUUGAAACAAAGGGCUCUAACCAUGGCUAAAGGGAUUUUUAGCCUCUGAAUGGAACACCUGGGGAUUCCGAUGGGUAAGCAAGUGCAGCUUGCCCCUUAAGAAUCUGCAGUCUGCUUAUAUCAUCACUUUGGGUGAGAAUCUGCUAUUCAUUAUCAGUCUAUUUAGUAUAUUAAGAUUAGUUUGUGUAUUUUUGUUUAUUUAUUAGGUAAUCUGCUUUGAUCUGUUUGCUGUCCCUUAUAAUCAUUUAAAAUCUAUCUUUUGUAGUUAAUAAACUUAUUUUUGCUUUAUCUAAAACCAGUGCGUGGAAAUUAUAACUCAGGGGGACAAACCUGUUGCAUAUUCCUCUCCACAUUGAGGGAGGGGGUAAAUUUUGUGAGCUUAUGCCAUACAGUUCCCUGUGCAGCACAGGAUGGUAUAAUUUUGGGUUUACAUUGCAGAGGGGGUGCGUGCCUUAGGAAUUGGGAGGUGCCCUAGCUGAAGCCUUCCCAUGCAGGGGCUGGUUAAAGAGCCUGCCUGUGUGUACUGCAGCUGGGUAUGUCCCUACCUACAUGUAUGCUGGUGAAAGUGCAGGCUGAAGCCUGCAGGUCUUGUAAGCUUGUCAGAGCAGUACAGUGUAGAAGGGAGCCCAGGCUGCUGGGUCGGGGGGCUCAGUGGUACCCCACUUCCAGGUGGCACCCUGGGGGGAACCUGUCACAGGGAGGAAGGAGAGCCUAUAACUCAGGUCACUUCACUUGUGUUGCCAACUCUCAUAAUUUCUUUUGUGAGCAGUAACCUAUGAUUCCCACUCUCCUGCCUCCAGCUUCUCAUCUGACAUUCUACGGACCCCUCCUCCUCUCUGCUAGCUAGGAGCGCUGGAGACAAUACUGGGAGAGGCAGAGAGCAGCCCGCUUGGCAGGUGCAAUCACCACCCAUGGUGGCGACAAGUCUGACCGGCAGCUUCUACCCUUCUGCUUGCUCAGAGUCCAGCAUGGCAUUUAGUGUAGGUCAUGGGUGACCAUUCCAAUAUUAGGGGCUUUGUCUUAUAUAAGAAUAUUACACCACCACUCUGAUUUUUCAGACUUGCUAUCUGGUCAUCCCAGGGGUGGCCUACACGUGUGUCAAGCAAGAUGCUGGACACUUGGCAGAUUUGUCAAAGAGCAGUAGAUCAGCGACUGUCUUCCUAUGUAUUUUGUACAGUCCUCGUUUAACCAGUAAUUGUAUCGCUGUAAUGACACUGACACCUGGUUUUGUAGGGGGGAAAUAACUGAGGAAACAAUGCAGUUUUGACUUGUUAAUAGCAGCAAUAAUGAGGGUCAGGCAUUUCCUAACAACUGAUGAUCAGCUGUGUUCAAGUCAUCCCACUGCUAGGUAGUGUCCAAAUCUGGAGACUAUCACUGUCUCAAUGAACCACCCUCCUUGGAGCAAUAAAGAUCAGUGUACCCUUUUCCGUAAUGCCCUUUACUGAGGGGCUGGACAGGACUCAAUCACUCCCAGGCUAAGGACUCAGCCCAGCAGGAGCCCCACCCGCUUCCCACUUCUCCUACAAACAGUACCCUUCUCUCUCUCUCUCUCGCCCUAAGGGGCCAGGAAUGCUAAGGAUGCUCCCGCAUGGCUCACAGCCCCCUCAGUCCCUCUACUUCUGUUCUCACUCUCAUAAUAAAAGAAUCAGGGGACAUUCAAUGAAAUUAAAAGAUGGGAAGCUCAAUAAACAACACAAGAGAAUACUUCUGCACACAGCCUAUGAUUCAGCCAUGGCACACGCUGCCACAGGAAAUUGUUGAGGCCAAGAACUUAAGAUUCAAAGAGGGAUUGCAUAUUUACACAGACAUCAGGUAUAUCCAGAGUUACUGUAAUUAAAGACAACAACAUUUUGGAAGGGAUAUUGAAACUUGUGCUUCAGGGCUUUCUCCAGUCUCUAUCAGAUGAGAACAUAUACCACAUGUAUGCAGUGGAGGGUUCUUACACCUUCAAUUGAAGCAUCUGUUCCUGGCCACUGUCAAGAGACAGGACACUGGACUAUGAAGAUCUUGGGUCCAGAUACAGUACAGUAAUUCAGUCAUACGUCCCACGAGGAGGGGCUCCCACUGUCAGACCCGGGGAUGGCUGAGAGCGGGAGGGAAAGAAAUCCUGACAUUUGAGAAAUUUAUCGCGAGAUCACGAGUCAGACUAAUUUUACUUAGAAAUCACAUCUCUUGCAAUUAAUUCAUGAGAGUUUCACACUUCACAGAUGAGAAAACUUGAGGCAGAGUGGUUACCUAACCAGCCCCAGCUCACAUGGCAUGUCAGCGGCAGAGUUAGGGAGAUCACCCAGAGAAACUGAAUCCUAAUCCCCUUCUCUAACCACUAGACCAGUGAUUCUCAAACUUUUGUACUGGUGACCCUUUUCACAUAGCAAGUCUCUGAGUGUGACCCCCCCCUUAUAAAUUAAAAACACUUUUUUAUAUAUUUAACACUAUUAUAAAUAAAUAAAGCGGUUUUGUGGUGGAGGCUGACAGCUCAUGAUCCCCCACAUAAUAACCUCAUGACCCCUUGAAGGGUCCUGACCCGCAGUUUGAGAACCCCUGCGCUAGAGCAUGCUGCCCCACGCAAAAUGUUUGGUUAGCCUUUUCCAAAACUGGCUUGGUGAUAAGAAAAAACUAACAGAAACACAUUUAGAUCAUACCAGAACUUAAUAAAUUAGAGCAUGUGUCAUCGAAACACAUGUAAAUGCAGCGUAGUACAGAACUGCAUUGAGUAAUGGGCGAAAAAGGGAUUAAAGAAAUCUAAUGACUAUCUUUUCAUGCUCAAUUUUUAUUUCAGUUUUAUGCAACUGCAUAAGUAUAAAUAUUUUUGUUCAAUAUACAACAAUUAUGACAUCCAUAGGGAGUUUCUUAAAGAAAAUAAGACUGCAAACACUUUAUUGCACAGACCCUAACAAACUGGUUUUGUAAGCUGAUAAAUCUACAGCAGGAAGUCUACAAAGGAGCACGUCAUAAUCAACAAUCACACAAAGAUAGACCAUCUAGUACACAGGUGAAAGGAUCUCUAACAGCUCACUGGUAAGGUAAACACCAACAACAGGUACUACGUGAACACGAGCUUAAGCACUGUUACACUUCCAAAAUGCAACAAAAAAACCCAACAACAACAAACCCCCAAACAAACAAAACAAAAAACCAACAACCCUUAUUUGGCAGAAGUGAUAAUGCACUAUACAAAAUAUACAUAAAAGAUACAUUUGUAAACAAAUAGCUAGGCGUGUUUUAAAGGAAACAAGAGGACAGUUUAAAAAUGCAAAAGACUGUAAACUAGGAAAUACCUCCCAGCCAGAAAUGUCAUGAUACCUAAGUGCAUUAGUGUUUGGUUAUAAACAACCGCCAAAGCACAGAUAUAUACUGUAAAUGCUGAGACCAUUUUCUCUUCAAAAUUUUUCAAAACUAUUUUCUCCAAUUGUAUUGUGUGAG